AUCUUUCUUUAUUUAUUCUUCGUUCACAUGACUUUAUCUGAGAGCCGAAAUGCAUAUCAAUUUUCCAGACCAAGAACACCCAGCAAAAGACAACACAACACUAUAACCAAAUGCAAACAUGUGAUCCUAAUGAUUUGACUUCCAACGCAAAUAUAAAAAUAAUAAUAAAGUUUCCAUUUUUCUCAGCUAAAGAUGAUCGAAACCCCUCUAUAAAAGGACAACUUUAACACCCUUUAGGAAUCAUCAUAGUAAUCAGCUUUCUCUUCAUAAAGUAUUUCAAAUCCAAUAAAAGAAAAAGAAGAAUGAAGAACUCAACCUCCUUACUUCUUUUCCAUGUUACCCUUUUCAUUCUACUCCAAUCCCAUUACUGCUAUGUUCUUCCUUUAGAUGAAGGCAAUGGUUUGAUUGAGAACACCUGCAAAAAAACACCCCAUUAUGAUCUCUGUGUCUCUACCCUUGAAUCAAACCCAGAAAGCUCUGGUUCUGAUCUAAGAGGACUUGCCCACGUAAUGGUUGAUACUGUUCUCUCAAAAGCAACUGACAACUUAGACUUCAUUAGAGCUCUGCUUAAGCAAGCCCCAGAUGAACAAUUAGAGAAAUCUCUGGCUAACUGUGCUGAGAUCUAUAUCCCAGUUGUGAAGUACAGUCUUCCUCAGGUCAUUGAUGCUCUGACUGGAGGCCACUUUGGUUUUGCCAACUAUGGUAUAUCAGAUACAGCCAAGCAAGCACAGGCAUGUGAGAAGAACUUCUCAGGAUUUGACAAGUCUCCAUUGGCUGAGAGGAACAAUCUUCUGCAUGACCUUUCUGAAGUAGCUGCAGCCAUUAUUAAUGUCUUGCUUAAAGAUUGAAUCUUUUGUUUGAUUUUUCUUCCUCUCUUUGUAAUAGUGAAUAUAAUUUUCUUUUUCUUUUGUUCUACCACCCUUUUGUUUAGUUUCUUUCAGCCAUGGAUUAUUUGAGCUCUUCUGUUAUUUUCUAGACACUAAUUGUUGUGGAAUGCGAGGUUGAGUGAGUUGGACCUAAUAGAAGUGGUGGGGUUCUCUCUAUAGUUCACAAGCCUUUUCUAAGUGGACAAGGAAGGUUUGCCAAUUAUCUGACUGGCUUUCUGUGUUUCACUUUUU